UCCUCGCGCGCAGGCUCAGUGUCGGGGGCGUCGCGAGCGUUGGUUUGAGUUCUGUGGUCCGAACGCUCUUCAGGGUUCCGGUUUCCAGGUGUCCCGCGACAGUUAUGGCCGAGGCGAUGGAUUUGAGCAAAGACCCCAACGGGCCCACUCACUCCUCGACUCUGUUCGUGAGGGAGGAUGGCGCCUCCAUGUCCUUCUACGUGCGUCCCAGCCCGGCCAAGCGCCGGCUGGCGACGCUCAUCCUGCACGGCGGCGGCACCCUGUGCCGGGUGCAGGAGCCGGGCGCCGUGUUGCUCGCUCAGCCCGGGGAGGCGGCGGCCGAGGCCGCGGGCGACUUCAUCUCCACGCAGUACAUCCUGGACUGUGUGGAGCGCAACGCGAGGCUAGACCUGGACGCCUAUCGCCUGGGCCCGGCGCCCGCGGGCGACCCCGUGUCGGAGGCGAAGGCCGCGGGCGCAGCCGCCGCGGGCUCCGAGCCGCCGCCGCUCACGGGCCGGAUGCGCUUCACGGACGCGGACGACGUGGCCAUCUUGACCUACGUGAAGGAAAACGCCCGUUCGCCCAGCUCGGUGACCGGGAACGCACUGUGGAAAGCCAUGGAGAAGAGCUCGCACUCGCGGCACUCGUGGCAGGCCCUCAAGGACCGCUACCUCAAGCACCUGCGGGGCCAGGAGCACAAGUACCUGCAGGGCGACGCCCCCGUCAGCCCCUCGGCCCAGAAACUCAAGCGGAAAGCCGAGCAGGACCCCGAGGCGGCGGAUAGCGGGGAACCACAGAAUAAGAGAACUCCAGACUUGCCUGACGAAGAAUUUGUAAAAGAAGAGAUCCAGGAGAAUAAAGCAGCAGUCAAAAAGAUGCUUGUAGAAGCCACCCGGGAGUUUGAGGAGAUUGUGGUAGAUGAGAGCCCUGAUUUUGAAAUACACAUUACAAUGUGUGAUGAUGAUCCACCUGAAGAAGACUCAGAAACACAGCCUGAAGAGGAGGAGGAGGAAGAGGAGGAAGAAAAAGUUUCUCCACCAGAGGUGGGAGCUGCCAUUAAGAUCAUCCGACAGUUAAUGGAAAAGUUUAAUUUAGAUCUAUCAACAGUUACACAAGCCUUCCUUAAAAAUAGUGGUGAGUUGGAGGCUACAUCCUCCUUUUUAGAAUCUGGCCAGAGAGCUGAUGGGUAUCCCAUUUGGUCCCGACAGGAUGACUUAGAUUUGCAAAAAGAUGAUGAAGCUUCCCGAGAUGCACUGGUAAAAAAAUUUGGUGCUCAGAACGUUGCUCGGAGGAUUGAAUUUCGUAAGAAAUAAUUGGAAAGAUGACAAGUAAAGAAAAAAAGUAUGGUAGAUGAGGCAGUAAAAAAAAAUGUGUGGUCAUUAUUCUUAGGGAUUCUUACAUUACAGCCAACACUUUAUCUUCUGACCAAUACUGCUAUUGCAAUUUGUGUGCUAGAUUUUGUAGCCAUGUUGAGUGUGUAGCAGGAUAAAGAUAAAAUAAAUUGGGUAUCUUUAGAACUGUCCCUGGCAUAUUGGUGUGUUUAUGAAAAGAAAAUCUAAAUCAAAGUGGUUGGCUGGUCUACAUAGUAGGAAUACUUUUUCUGUAAUAAAACCCAUGUCAUGUUGGUAGCAGGACUUAGUGACAAAGAAUAAGAAAGCUAAGAGAAAUAGCUAUUUACAGGUAAUAGUCUCCUGUCCUUUGACAAAAGUUCCUCUGGAUUGUGACGGAAAGAUUUAACUAUGAGACUUUGAACAUAGACUAUCCCAAACCCAGUGAGCAUCUACCAGUGAACUGUGAUUUGUAGACUGCUUUGAAAACUUUUCUGUUUGUUAACUUGGUAUUUGGGGAUCCUGCUUAUUGCCUAUUCUUUGUUUUGAGAACUUGUCAGUCAAGUCUCUUAAUGUUUUUUUGGUUUUGUCUUUUUUUUUUUUUUAACCUCUCUAUUUUGUUUAAAACACACAUAUAAAAUCCUAGAAAAUGUUACUCAAUUAGUAGUAAUGUGUUGUUAUUUAUUAAGGCUAAUUUUGAGGCAAGGACUGUGUUAGUUUUACAAUGCUGGGUUAAUUCCUGUUCAUUGUUUUCAUUAUUGGAAAUAAAUAGAACUUUGUAUUUGA